AUGACCCGCUCGCGUUCUCGUCCGCUCAAAGCCCGUAGACUCUCCGAAGAUAUCAUCGAGCUCUCCAGCGGAGAGUCCGAUAGCGAGGCCGUCUCCUACUCCGGUUCCGAGUAUGGCACGGCGUAUGAGAGCACCAAUUACGAUGGGUCGGACAAAGAGGAAUUCGUACGGAGGAUGUUCCAGACGUUGACCGUCGAGACUGCCCCAAAUGUCUAUGAAGUCGUGCAGAACGCAUCACCAUCUCCUCCGUCCCCCUCUUCUCCGUCUCCGCCCCCUCCAUCCCCUCCUCCUCCAUCUCCCUCCAUCUCUCCCCCUCCACCGGUCCCCCCCGUCGUUACUUCUCCCCCGUCCCUCUCUGCAAUCCGUCCCUCGGCUACGCCGUGUCACCCGAAUACGAAGGGGAAACAGGUGCUGGCACCUGCCUCUCCACUUCAGCCAAACUCUCCUCCCCCCUCGACCGUUUCUCCACUACCUCCUUCUCACCGGAACCUCGAAGCUCCACACCUGAACACCGCCGGGAAAAUUUACGCCAUUCAAACUAAGGAGGGUAGUCGAAUUGUGGACCACUGGGCCGAGGCAGGUGCUUUAACCCAAGGAGUUCCGGGCACGUCGGUCAAGGGCAUCCGCGUUUGUCAACGCCCUAAACCUUCAAAGGCUAAGUAUAAGGCCUACAGUGCCAUAAAGGCGUGGCAGCCUGGCGUGUAUACCUCCUGGAAGGAUCUUCAAGACGCGGCUUUUGGAGCCUCAGGGAUGACGUACAAGUCCCACAAAACCUUGAUUAAUGCCCACAUCCACUAUGCGAACGCCGUGAACAAGGGCCUUGUGGAGAAAAUAGCCUAUCACGGUCGCCGUCCUCUUCCAGUACCCCAUCCGACGCCGUCAGGGCUUCCUCCGCCUCCCGAAAGUGCAGACACAACGUAUGUUGUCACUCAAGGCAGACGUGUCGGUCUGUUCAGUGAUUGGGCGGAGGCGGCCGCACAAGUGCUGUUCAUCAAGGCCGCUAACGUCGUCUCCUACCCAACCCGUGAGGCCGCGCAGGCCGCGUUUGACCUUGCUUUGCGACAGGGCCACGUUCGCGUGAAGACUGCGUAA